GACUACGAACACCGUUACUGAACAAGAUAACCCAAAUAAUCAAAUUGCGAUUGCCGAAAUAUGCAAUAGCAAGGAGACUAAUGGAAACCAUGUUGACGACACUGAUAACAGUAGUAGCAACAGUGAAACAACCGAUGAUAUUGAUGAUGAUGAUGAUGAUGAUGAUGACGACGACGAUUAUGACGAUGAUAGUGAUAACAUUAACCAAACCUAUCAUCAAAAUACAACAAAUGGAGUUAAUCAUAAUCACGCGAAAUAUGUUGCUGUUAAAGGUAAUAUUAAAAAUGAUGCUGAAAUCGGUGCCUACGGUAUUAUCAAUGAUAAUUUGGCAACCGAACGAAAAAGCACAACAGCAACAGUCAUUAAUAGCAAAAAUGAUAUGACAUCAAUUGCAACAUCGGCGCGAUGCUAUAGCAUUAAACAUCUCUUGGAGGAGCAGCAUUGCAAGUGGCAACAACAGCAGCCACACCAAACAGCAAAUAUUGCAGAUGAUGCACUGCAAGAAUGUUGGGCUUAUGCCGAUAGCUACAAUUUAAAUUCAUUCAGUCAAAUGAAUGGUAUCUGGCCGCUUGGCCAUCCGUUGCCAUUGCCCGACUGGGCUCCUAACAACGAAAACACUAAAGGUGUUUUACAUUUUGAUACGGUUUGGCAGUAUGAAGAUUUGGUGGGUAUUAUUGAAACUAAAUUACAUCGUAUGCUAGAGGAGACACACUAUGAUACAGUACAUCUAUUUGUGGAUUUUUAUAAGGCGUUCAAACAAACACGUCGUUCCGACUUAAGAUCAUUUUUCCAAUUCUACGAUAUACCAAUCAACAGACGUCACCAUAUGUGCGUUUCGCUGGCUAUGGAAAUUACGAUACGUAUUGUAGAGCUAUUUCCUAUAUUGAAACAUUAUUUGUAUAUUGUGUCAUGUGAGGAGCAGGUGGUAUCUUUGAGCGAUUACAUAGAAACUAGUGAGGAAGUUGGUGGUUUGAAUUCAGCGCAUGCUAAUGUUGAAAAGGAGCAUGCAAUGGUAGCAAUGAAAAUAUCAAUUGCCGGUCGCGAAGGUGUUUUAAUACUGGAUCCUGGAUACCACAUUGCUCGCGUUGUAACUGUAAUGGCCGAUCAAAGUUAUCCACAUACAGGUUGGUUUACACAAUCCAAAGAAGCACAUUUACAACGUGACUAUUGCUACAACUACUGUAUGCACAGCCAAAAAUACGUAGAAUGGAUGGAACGAGAAGUACGUGGUGAAGAAACAACGUAUAAGUCAUCACUUGUCUAUGUCGAACAACCGUACGUGACUGCAGUCGAUGUAACCGUACGUCGUAAUUUGGCUUAUAACUUCCGUUCGCUGCUGUCGCGUGAUGCGAAAGGUCGUGUGUUUGCUGGUAUUUAUCUACCGGUAGUACCAAAUUGCACCGAAUCACAUUUCACCAUAUUUUAUGAUGGCCCAAAUGAUCAACGUAUCAAAGUAAAAUUUUUAUUUAACGUCUUUAAAAACUCCAACAAGAUACCAGAUAACGUACAACAGCAUUUGGCAAAAUUAGCACCGCAGUUAAAUAUGAAUCAACGUGAAUUAACUGAGUUAUGCAAAUCUCUAGCUGAAGUCGUGCUUGACCAGGAUUUCGUAACGCAGUUAUUGACGAUUAACGCUGAUAUCGGUAAUAUGUCAGCAGAAAAUUGACAAUUAAAGGAUAAAAAAGUUGAUGCUGCAAUAACAACUAUUGCAAACACUGCAAUUGCUGAAACUGAAACUGAAACAACAACAAUAAAAGCAAUAACAACAUCUGGAACUGCUACAACAACUGCAGCCGCAACCAUUGCUACCAAGGAAGUUUCGGCUUAGGCAUCAACUUGAAUAAUUUUUCGAUAACUCAUAUAAUAUAUUACAUAAUUUAAUUAAAAAUUUCUUUUAAUAUAUAAAAACUAUAUAAGCAAAUAAACACACAUAUAAAUUAGUUGAAGAGUGUAGUAAGUUUUUAAAAUUUCAUUAUAAUUACACGUAUUAUAUCCACAAAUAUAUUACAAAAUUAUUAUAUUAAUUCUCUUAGAACCACACACAACUUGAUUUAAAUCUUUUCAAAAUAUUUUAAUUAUAUUUACAUUAUAUAAAAUGUAUUUAUAAAUUAUUUAUAAAUUCUUUAAAUAUAUUAACUACAGCAACUAUUUUAUUACUUCUUUAAUAUAAUUAAUUAAAAUAUAUUUCUUUCCCUCAAUCCGCUAACCUAUAAAAUUUAUUUCCUUUAAAUAAUGCCACUAAUUAAUUAAAAGAUAUUUCAUUCCCUCAAUCCGCUAACCUAUAAAAUUUAUUUCCAUAAAAUAAUGCCACAAAUUAAUUAAAAUCUAUUUCUUUCCCUCGAUCCGCUAACCUAUAAAAUUUAUUUCCUU